AUGUUUGCUACAAAGCUUUUGAAAGUACUAGAAACUCUACCAACUGAUGCAGACGAUGGAGGCUGCGUCGUCUCUGACACACCUGAAGACAAGGCUACCCUGAAGGUAAAUCAAAAUAGGAUCUUAUGUCACUUGAAUGACGACAAGGAAGCAAAUUCUUUAGUUGUCCCAACAAAAGAUCUCCAUGAUUCAAAUGGCUAUGUUGGUUCUAAGGAAACGUUGUCAUGUGACACAAAUGAUAUGGAUAAAUCAUGGGAGGUUUCGGAACUUUAUGAGUCUGUACUCGAUAAUAUUUCCAAAACCAAGGAUGAUGAAAUUAGUGUUCCAACCGUAGAGGAUGAUCAGAAUGAAACCUUGGCUAACAGAAUCACUUCUAGGAGGUAUGGAAAUCCGUUUGCAUGUGAUAAGAAAGAUAUAGAUCAACAAUAUUGGAAUACUCCAGAAUUGGAGCGCUCAAUGAUUCCCGAUUUGAUUGAUGAGGAAGAAAAUAAAUUAUCCACUAUCACUGGUGCACCACAUACCUCAGGCUGCAAGUUAUUUGAGGCAGACAAAAAGUCAUACACCGAGAAACGUCUUAAGGAAUAUGACUUGCCUGAAUUGAUGGUUUGCUACAAAGAAAGUAACUAUAACAGUAUUAAAAACAUAUACAUGGAGGAUAGUUGGAAUAAUGCUCAACCAGGCACAUAUGUUUCUGUACCAGCUGAUGAUCAAGACCAGCACAGCAACACAUCGGAAAGUGCUGAUACUGUUUCUGUACCAGCUGCUGAUGAUGACCAGAACAGCACCACAUCGGAAAGUGCUGAUACUGAAUUGACCUCUGCAGGUGGAUCUAAAUCAUCUGUAGAAUAUGAAAACAACGAAGAAAAGGAUACUGAGUCGCCUGUUCCAAAAUAUUUGAAGACCACCUCACAAGAUGAGGUAAACGGCGAUUCUGACACAGCUACUUAUCUGGAGGAUUUGAUAAUGAUUUUUGGAUCAAGUGGUACUGCAAAGUGGAAACACACUAAUUCUAUGCUUCGCACUGAAGGGCCUAGCAUUGAGAAGUCUCAACAAUCUAAGCACCCUGAUCAGAUUCCUUUUGAGGAAGUCGCUCUAGAAAGCCAAAAUGCAGUCUCAGCAGUCAAUGAAGCAAGCAACAAUAGGCCAGAUACCAACGUAUUCUACGAUAGUCAGCUGGGAUUUGAAGCUAUUGUUGUCGACUUCAACUCAACUAAGCCAACAUCAACUAGCAAAAUGUACCAAGGUGUCGAAAACAUUCCUGAACCAAGAAAUAGAUCAUUUCGUGAUCUUCUACUUGACACCCAAGGUUAUUUAGCUGAUGGGGAGGCAAGUUUUUCUGCAUUAGGACGUCAAUCAGGUCGGAUCAUUAACUCGCGGCGUAUAUCAAGUUUUGGGAGCAUUUCUGAUAGCAGCACAACUAGUAGCGGUUCCUUUACAUUCCCAAUGUUCUGUUCUGCAACAUCAUCUUGUGCUAGUUUCUUUUAUUUUUCAGGUUACCAGCGGAUCAUUGUGAUUGACAUUUUCAUUAUUUUGUUCUGUUACAGCUUGGAAUCAGAAUGGAACAGCAGUCCAAUAAGAAUGGGAGAGGUAGGAAGUGGGCAUUUUCGGAAGCACAGGAGUUGGAAGCAGGGCAUACUCUGUUGCAGAUUCUAAAAUUAUUCUAUAGUUAGACCUCUCCACAUCAGUCAUCCUCUCUAACAAUCAUGUUUUUCGUGGAACUGAUCUUUUAUGUUAUGUUAUGUUACAUUAUAUGUUUACUAUAGCAACCAAAAAAUAUG